GCACUCUUGACAAAUAGUGAAAGCGUGCUGUAGACAUAAAAAGUAACAUUUCUUACAAAAAUAUCGGGUACGUCGAUUUCUUUUCUGUCACACAUAGAACACGUUUGAUUUGCUUGAGAAGUUUCGGGUGUCUCCACACAUUAUAUAUCAAGAAUCUCUCCAAUUCUGUAUUUUAUUAAUCUUUGUAAGUUAGACAAAUUGUAACGAUUUCUUAUGUGAUCAUGCAGUAAGUCGAAGGACAGUCUCCGCAAAAAUUCUCUCCUCAAGAUGGUUUCGUCCAUAUCAUUUGCCUUGUAUAUAACUAGAGAAUUUAUGCCAGCAGUGUUCAACUAAGAGUAAAAAACAACCAUAGCCAACCUUCGAGUGCUUCGUGUGCAGUUAUACAUGGAGCAUAGUUUGUCUACUGUAUAUACUCCUCCCUUUGUCUGGUUGUGAGUAUUAUGUCUGGCUUUGCUGGUUCUCUAUCAAUAGCGUCAUCAAGGUGUAAGCUUGACAUAAGCAAAACAUUUUUCUGUCUUUUUGGGAUAUGGGACACACGUGUGAUAGUCUAGAAACAGUGAUAAGUUUUCUGGGCGGUUUAGUGGUCGAGCAAAAUUCAUUAAGAAUCUCUCUUUUAUUUUUUUAACCGUUCCAAUGAGAGUUAUCGGUAGUUACGUUCCUGCCAGUUCCUUCAAAGGUUCGCACAUCCUUUCCACUGCGGCAUCUGGAGAAUUAUUGACUUCCCAAGGACCUACUGGCUGUUUUCCAAUAUGCUGCAUGUACAGAUAAGGAGACUAAACAACAGUUAAGAUGAAAUUCAAUAAACUGGUAACGGCUUCCAGAAGCAAAAAUAGGAAAAGACAUUUCACGGCCCCUUCCCAUGUUAGGAGGAAGUUGAUGUCGGCCCCACUCUCUAAGGAACUGAGGCAAAAAUACAAUGUCAGGACCAUGCCCAUUCGUAAAGACGAUGAAGUGCAGGUAGUUGUAAGGGGACAUUACAAAGGACAACAAGUAGGCAAGGUAGUUCAAGUAUAUCGUAAGAAAUUCGUUAUAUACAUUGAAAGAAUACAAAGAGAAAAAGCUAAUGGAGCCAGCGUUUUUGUAGGCAUACAUCCCUCAAAGGUUGUAAUUGUCAAGUUGAAGAUGGACAAAGAUAGGAAGAAGAUCAUUGAGCGCCGGGCUGCAGCACGUCUUGGCAAAGACAAAGGAAAAUACACAGAAGAAUCUGCAGCAUCAGCUGUAGAGACAUCUUAAUAUGUUUGUAUAAAAAAUUAAUAAAAAUAAGUACAAAAAAAUGUUUUAUUUCCAAACAUUCCUUAAC